AUGGCGGCCCAGAUAUUCCGACGUCCUGCGACGGGAGCGUUGCAAUUGACCAGAAAUUCUCUCGUUACGACCCGGGAAUUCACAUCGACAUGCCUUCGUUCUGAAGAAGAUAAACCCCCGUCUUCUCCAAGAAAACCUUCAGGCGACUUCUCCAGCCGCCGAGGGGCGGCAGUGCGACGAGUCCAGGACAUCUUUGAUCGGACAUCCGCUCCCCAAAAUACUGCCUCAGGAUCGAAAAUCCGCUUCACAACCGACAAUGAAAGCUUCAAUGCCCGCACAAUGCGACUGAAUGGUCCCCCAGGUGGCAAUGGCAACAAACCCGGUGGCCCCAUGCUUUCAAUGAACGCAGACAAACUAAAGGAAAGACUUAGACAACGGGGAGGUAUGGGACGCGGUAGGGGAGGGGGUGGUAUAGGCGGCACACGGAUGCCACGUAUGGCGCGCACUUUCAAAAAACGGAAGCUAGUCGAUCCUCAACAGUUGGAGGACGCCAGGAGGCUCGAAGAGGAAGCGCAGGCGCAGGGUGAAGAAGACGUGCAAGAAUUCGUGGAAUAUGAACAAGAAUUCCAAGAGAGGGGGAAACACAAACCGGCCGUCCGCUACAACCCUCAGCCAUAUACCGCCGAGACUCUAAAGGAAACAUGGCCGGCUCUGGCGAUAGACGCAGCUUCGAAUACCAGCACCAUCCGUGAGAAACUCUCGUGGUUCGGUGAAUCAUACGUGGGAUGUGAGGAGCUUCCCGAAGACCUGGCAAAGAGAGUCUACCAGGGAAAACGAGUCCUUUUCUCCAGCGAGACACAGAAGACCGAGACUAUGAAGUUCGUUAAGCAACUGGCUAGCGAACAUGCAAAUGAGCUUAGCCAGAGGAAGGGAAAAACUGUCGAGCCAGCUGAUGUGCAGUUCGAGAAUGUGAGCAAAGAGGAGAAAUCGCAUAUGAUUUCCUCCUUGAUCCGAGGAGCAUACGACCAACCCUUCAAGCUCGAUGCCGAUGCCUCUCCAAUUCUCAAGAAUGUCCUAAGAAACCUGUCGAACAACCACACCUACCACACCGAGCACACUCAACGGUUCAUGGGCAGCCUUAUGCAGAAUCUCCCUCUCAAGAAAGUAAAGGCUAAGGCUAAGUCUGUUUAG